GUAAUAUAGUACGGUUUGCGUGUAGAAACGGCGCCGGCCUAGUUUUCAUCAGUUUUGAAGCUCCUUCCACGAAGUACUUAAGCUUCCAACACCCCAUUCCUCCAACAUCUUCUAAAUCUCAUAUCCUUCAGUUUCAUACUCCAGUCAAGUUCAGAGACACCAAGAAUCCAAAGUCAUCAAACAACUUACCUCUUUACUAAACUACUAUCUUAAACCUUCAAACUCUUUUCAACAUCACACAACUGCGAAGAUGAUGUGCCCAAAGAAAUACGCCGCCUUACUCAAGGAAGAAGAUCACUAUCGCUCACAGUACAGCGUUAUCAUUACUCUCAAGGUCGCUGAAGCUCCGGAUACUAUACACUACUCUGAUCGACAGAUUCAUACAGCUGUUAUGAAGAUCCAUGGCAGCCAACCUGUUUUUGCUGAAGCCCCUGAAUUUAGAAGCGAUGAAAAUGGCGCUUUCUAUAGACAAACCGAUGCAAUGGUCAAUGCUCGCAUCAAGCUUAUUGACUGGUUCAAAGACAUGGAAGCCAAGGAUCUCUUGUAAUAAGCAAAACAACAACCCUACAUUACUUGUGGUGAUUUGGAGGAUCAUAGCCCAACCAAAGCUUUGAAGGGAGCACGGGGCUAAGUUUACUGGUUUCUGAAGCCAUGUAGCGGAAUGUGAGAAAUCUCGGUGGACUGGUUGGUGUUUGGUCUGAAGGGAAGGGAUUAUGUUAUGGAGUUAAGGUUCAUCAAGAUACUAGCUAUCAUGUUGAGUGAGGGGAUCUCAUAGUCUACUCAAUUGAGAAACUUUUUGGGAGGGGGAGAAGGGGGGACAAUAGGAAUAUCAAUACCCCAAAAUAUAAAUUUUGUCUGCA